AGCGAUCAUCUCAGGAUGUUCAAGAUCUUGCUACUCCUGUUUGCCGUGGCUGGUCUCCAUGCAAGACCACUGCACCGAUUCCCAAAUGGUAAAUUAAAACAAAUUGGGCCACAAAUGGUCCAAGAUGAACACAGGGACAGCUCAGUUCUGAAGCACGUGAACAAUGAUGUAAAACCCCCAGUUCCAGCUGAGUUCUGCAGACAGGGAACAGAACCUUCCAGACGCUUCCUGAUGGACCUGAACACUGGGAUGCUCAAGCGUGGAGCUGGUGAAACCAACAGAAAAGGUUCAGGAUUGGAUGAGUUCAAACAAGGCACUGAGAAGCAGCUGCACAUCCAGCAAGAGCUCAGAAUGCGUCCCAUGAUGAGAUCGCAGUACAGCGCUCAGAGCGAAAAACACGAGCAGAGAGCAAUCCCUGCCGAGGUGUACCGAAAAGGCACUGAACCUUCCAGAAAUGUCCUGGUGGACCUGAACACCGGUCUGCUCAAGGAACACAUGAACAAGUUGGACAGGAGAGUUGUGGGCUCAGCUAAAUUGGAAGUUGUUUCUGAACAUGAGGACAUAAGAAGCCAAGACUCUUCUGAACAUAAGGAGAACCACAAAGCAGUUCCCAUUGAGAGCCGUAGACAGGGAACAGAACCUUCCAGACGCAUCCUGAUUGACCCGAGCACUGGGAUGCCCAAGGAGGAACUCACUGAAAUGAACAGAAGAGUUUCUGGCUUCUACAAUCCAGCGCCUAUUGGGAAGAGGCAAGGAACAGAACCUUCCAGACGCUUCCUGAUGGACAUGGACAGUGGGAUGCUCAAGCAUGUAGUUGGCGAAAUGAACAGAAGAGUUUCUGGCUUCUACAAUCCUCCACCUUAUGAGAUGAGGAAGGGAACCCAGAAUUCUCACGCCACUCUGGUGGAUCCCAGAACUGGACAACUGCUGGCUUCUCUAAAAGAGCUGCAGAGAAGCACAUCACCAUUGGAUGAGUUCAGACAAGGCACCGAGUACCACCCAUACGUCCUACAGGAGCUCAGAGUGUGUACGCUGCAGAAACAAUGCAAUGAACCUUCCAGAAACCUCCUGAUGGACAUGAACGCUGGUCUAUUCAAAACACACAGGAAUGGGAUGGACAGGAGAGUAGGGGGCUCAGCUAAAUGGGAAGUGGUUUCUGAGCAUGAGGACAUAAGAAGUCAAGACUCUUCUGAGAACCACAAAGCAGUUCCCGUUGAGAGCCGUAGACAGGGAACAGAACCUUCCAGACGCUUCCUGAUUGACCCGAGCACUGGGAUGCCCAAGGAGGAACUCACUGAAAUGAACAGAAGAGUUUCUGGCUUCUACAAUCCAGCACCUAUUGGGAAGAGGCAAGGAACAGAACCUUCCAGACGCUUCCUGAUGGACAUGGACAGUGGGAUGCUCAAGCAUGUAGUUGGCGAAAUGAACAGAAGAGUUUCUGGCUUCUACAAUCCUCCACCCUAUGAGAUGAGGAAGGGAACCCAGAAUUCUCACGCCACUCUGGUGGAUCCCAGAACUGGACAACUGCUGGCUUCUCUAAAAGAGCUGCAGAGAAGCACAUCACCAUUGGAUGAGUUCAGACAAGGCACUGAAUACCAGCCAUACGUCCUACAGGAGCUCAGAGUGUGUACGCUGCAGAAACAAUGCAAUGAACCUUCCAGAAACCUCCUGAUGGACAUGAACGCUGGUCUACUCAAAACACACAGGAAUGGGAUGGACAGGAGAGUAGGGGGCUCAGCUAAAUGGAAAGUGGUUUCUGAGCAUGAGGACAUAAGAAGUCAAGACUCUUCUGAGAACCACAAAGCAUUUCCCGUUGAGAGCCGUAGACAGGGAACAGAACCUUCCAGACGCAUCCUGAUUGACCCGAGCACUGGGAUGCCCAAGGAGGAACUCACUGAAAUGAACAGAAGAGUUUCUGGCUUCUACAAUCCAGCACCUAUUGGGAAGAGGCAAGGAACAGAACCUUCCAGACGCUUCCUGAUGGACAUGGACAGUGGGAUGCUCAAGCAUGUAGUUGGCGAAAUGAACAGAAGAGUUUCUGGCUUCUACAAUCCUCCACCUUAUGAGAUGAGGAAGGGAACCCAGAAUUCUCACGCCACUCUGGUGGAUCCCAGAACUGGACAACUGCUGGCUUCUCUAAAAGAGCUGCAGAGGAGCACAUCACCAUUGGAUGAGUUCAGACAAGGCACUGAGUACCAGCCAUACGUCCUACAGGAGCUCAGAGUGUGUACGCUGCAGAAACAAUGC